AUGAAAUGUGGCUUGGCCACAGACGAUGACGUGGAAGCCUUGUUGGCAACUGCCGACUAUCCCAUGGUGUACGUUGAGCACUACAACGGUCCGAUUGUAGAAGAAGCCUACAUCUCUACUUUUAAUUUUGCUGAACCUUCGGGACACGUAGAUGAAGCACAAUGCAGUCAGUAUGAGACAUCGUAUUAUCAUCAUACGUCGUUUCAUGGUGUCCAGAGCUCGCCUCCACGACAAUAUUUUACAUGGGAUGGACAACCGCUAGACGAAUCUGCAUGGAAUCAAACCGAAAGGCUUAAUGAAGUAUGUGGGAGAUUGAACGAUGUGCGGACAGAUGAUGAACCUGAGCACGAAGCUGAAGGCUCGGUUGCAUCAGGAGACGAUGAUGAUUCUGAUGACGAAGAAUUUGACCCUGCGCUCGAGGUGGGCACUGCUUCUGAUGCCUCUGAGGAUUUAUUAGACGACGAUCUAAUCGAUUUCACGGAGACCGAGCGAGCAGGUUGGAUCCGACAAAGUACAACACGUGACGGAGAUCCGACAGUCGAGACCGGUGAUCUAACUAAUUGGUUAGUUCCCUUGAUUCCAGUGGACGCCUCGGCUUCGCUGGUUGCUCGCGAGAGUGACCCUUCUAGAGUUGAUGAUCUGCAGAAGAAUUCUUUUUACAACAGCAAAGACGACCUGAUCAUUGCUGUUGGUUUGUGGAACAUGAAGCGAGGCACUGAGACAAAAGUUGUCCGCUCAGAUCCGGGACGAGUCUAUUUCUCGUGCAAGCACUCUGACAACUGCAAUUUCGAUCUUCGUGCGUCUAGUCACGGCCGAGGGAUGUGGAGAGUGCAUAAGUUGAAAGAGCAUUCAUGCGAAGGGGACUUGCGCACAACUAAAAAAAUCAAGGCGCACUCGAAGGUGGUGGCAGCGUUUGUGGCAAACAGAAUACGCGAUGAUGGAGAGGUCAUUAAGCCGAAAUCCAUCAUGGCUGAGUUAGUACGCGAUUUCGGCAUCAAAAUCAAAUAUGAUGUCGCGCUGCGUGCAAGAAAUCUCGGGAUGAAUAUGAUAUACGGUCGAGUUGAUGAUUCGUUCCUCCUGCUCCCAAGAUAUCUGUAUGCCCUGAAGGAAGCGAAUCCUGGCACCUUAUAUGAUUUGGAAGUAGAUGUAGACUGCCGGUUCAAACAUUUGUUUGUUGCUCUGUGGGCUUCCAUCUCACCUUUCUACUUUCACCUUCGACCAGUGAUUGUGGUUGACGGCACACACCUGGAGGACAAAAAUAGUGGCAUUUUGUUUGUCGCCGUGACAAAAGACGGAAACGAGGCAGUUUUUCCCUUGGCGAUCGGUGUCGGUCCGAUCGAGAAUGAUGAGUCGUGGAAGUGGUUUAUGUCACAUCUGAGAGGUGCUUGCGGCGAGCCCGAUAACUUACUUAUUAUGAAGGGUUACGGGCCCGGUGUUGCUGAGCUUUUCCGCCAAGCUGCAUACGCCUACGAGCAAUCAGAUUACACGCGUGCAAUGUCAGCCAUGGCUGCUCUGAAGCCAAAGGCGUACGAGAAGUUGUUGCGCGUAGGCCCGGAGAAGUGGGCACGAUCACAAUGUCCUGUGUCUCGUUACAGUUUCCUUACAUCCAAUGCCGCCGAGAGUUUUAAUGCACGUUUGCCCGGAUCCCAAUCCAACAAAUGUCCAAAGCAACCCUGCCUGAAUGUAUUGACCAGUGCGUCGCCCCCAAUUUCCCUCAGUCGCUCGGGUACCCGGGACAAAUAA